UUAAACACAGAUGUUCGUCACGUCCUGUUGAAGGAGCAGAUGUUCUGCUGACCUCGGACCUGAGGUGAGUCGUCUCAUCACACUGAACAAACACAGUGACGACAGAGCUGCUCACGUAUAUACCCUCAAUUCUGACUCUGCCUCAGUAUCCAGAGGACGGUCUGACGUGUCCAACGUCCCUCAGCGUCCUCCACCCGGUCCGAGUCCACCAGCACUAUGGUCAGCGGCAGGAUGCUGCUGCUAAGCGCCUCCUGCUGGCUGCUGGUUUUUGUAGGGAGCUGUGAGGAGCGGAGAGAGGAGCGACCACAUGAGGAUGACGCCGCCAAGAUACAGGAGGAGAAAGAACUGAUUGAAGCUCUACAGGAAGUUCUGGAGAAGUUAAAGAGCAAACAGCUGCCGUCGACGGAGAAGAAACUCGGCUGGCUUCCUUCAUGUGAUGCAGGCGAGCAGUGUGCGCUGCGUAAAGGCUCGAGGAUCGGGAAGCUGUGUGGAUGUCCCAGAGAAACCAUCUGUAACUUCAAUGUCCUCAAAUGUCUGUAGAGUCCAAACUCAAACUUCCUUCAAAAUAAAGGCAGGUUUUUAAAAACUC